UUGUGUUGAAGAUAAUAAACUAGAAUCUUCAAAUGAUAUAACUAUUACUAAUAAUUGUUCUACUACUUCUACUUCUAUUCAAUGUACUGCGUCUUCUUCAGAUCAAUCAGUUGUUGAUAUAAAUGAGGAAUCAGAAAAAUCUGAGCUAAAUGUCAUUCCUAAUCCUCUUACGCAGAAUAAUACAAAUAAUUUUAAAGAUCCAGCAGAUUGGACAAAUAGUAAUAUAUGUCGUAAUUAUAUUGCAAAAUUUGGAUAUGAUAAGAACAUUGAUGCAGAUUUUACCUCAUUAAAACGAACUUAUUCUGAUUAUGAUCGUUAUUGUAGUAAAUCAAUCUUUACGAAAAAUCGAAAAAACGGAGAAAAUGUUUCACGGAAAUGGCUUGUUUAUUCAAUUUCAAAAUUUGUAUUAUUUUGUGCUCCAUGCAAAUUAUUUGGAUGCAGUACUCAACUGGGAGAUGCUGGAUUUAAUGAUUGGAAAAAUGGACAUUUAGUUAUUUCCAGGCACGAAAAUUCUUUGGCACAUAAAAAUAAUACAUUAAGUUUUAUUACAUUACAAAGUGAUGUAGGUAGAAUUGACACUCAAUUGGCAACACAAGUGACUGAUGAAAUUAAUUACUGGAAAGCUGUUCUUCAUCGAGUUGUUGAAGUAAUUAAAUUUCUCGGUGCAAAAGGUUUAUCAUUCAGAGAAAAAUAUGGGAAUAGAGGGAAAGGAACUCCGUCUUAUUUAUCAUCCACAAUCUAUGAAGAACUUUUACUUUUGAUGAAGAAUGAUAUAAUUAAAAUUAUAUUGAAAGAAUUAAAAGCAGCCAAGUAUUAUUCUUUAAUUGUUGAUUCUACAUCUGAUAUAGCAAACGUCGAUCAACUUGUUAUUGCAUUAAGAUAUGUUUUACCUAGUGGUGUACCUGCAGAAAGAUUUUUAAUAUUCAUUCCAAACAGUGGUCAUAAAUCUAAAGAAAUGAGCAAUGGAUUGCUAUCUUUGCAUAGUAUAGUUGAUAAUCAGAAAGAAAAAGCUGUAUAUAAAGUAGAAGCUAAUGGGUUGCUUGCAAGAUUAAAAACUUUAGAAACUGGUUUAAUGAUAUGCAUAUGGAAUUCAAUAUUAAACAGUUUUAAUGCUACAAAUAAAAAAUUACAAUCAACUGACAUUGAUCUUCAUACAGUAUUAGAACUAUAUAAUGGCCUUGAAAAUUACUUGGUACAGAUCAGAGAUAAUUUUGAUGUUUUUGAAAAUAAGGCUGUAGAAAUUACUGGUUGUUCGGAGUAUACCAAAGAUUCCAAGAGAAAAAAAAAGAGAAAGGCUAUGGCUGAUGAAUCAAGAUCUCAACCUCUCACAGAAAUCACAGGGAAAAUAGAUUUUAUUAGACAUGUAUAUUAUGUGAUAAUUGAUACUCUUAAAUGUCAACUUAGUUCAAGAAGACAAGCUUAUGAAAAAAUAUCAGAUAUUUAUGGGUGUAUACCCACAUUGUAUAAAACACCGAGUUCUAUUGUUAUAAGGAACACAUGUGGAACUUUGGCAAAAUAUUUUAUUGAUGAUGUUGAAAACUCAAGCUUACUUAUAGAUGAGUGUAUUCUUUCUUCAAAAUUAAUUUCCACGGAUAAAAAUGUAAAAUCUGUUCUCUCUAUGUAUAAGUACAUCAAGACUAAAGAAUUAGAGUGUAUGUUUCCAAAUUUAGAAAUAGUUAUGCGUAUGUACCUUAGUACAGCAGUUUCAAACUGCUCAGGCGAAAGAGCUUUUUCUGUACUUAAAAGAGUAAAAUCCUACUUGAGGUCAACCAUGAAGGAGAAAAGACUGAAUGCAUUAGCAAUAUUUAGCGUUGAAGCAGAAUUGGUUGAAAAAUUAGAUUUUAAUGAUACUAUUAACACAUUUGCCCAUCAAAAAGCAAGAAAAAGAAAAGUAUAA